UAAUUUGUAUGUUUAGACUUUAAACUUCGCUACUUUUCAUCUUCUUCGCCUCUCCCAACCAACCAACCACUCUUAUAUAUAUCUUCUCAUUUAACUCAAACCCUUUCAAAACACUCUCCUCCUCCAUUACCACACCUUUAUCUUUAUCUCUGCAGCGAGAUUCUGGUUUGUUUAUUAGGUCUGAAAAGUUUUGAUUUGAAGAAAAUGCAAGCGACUUUGGUUUCACCUAGAGAAAAUUGGCCGGGAUUUUCGAUGGAUUAUGAUAAAAUUUCCUCAAAAAUGACUGACGAUUUUAAGGAAAAGCUCAAAUUUGAGGAGGAGCUGCGAAGGGAAGAAGUUAUUACAGAAGAGAAAGCUGGAAAUGAUCUUAGGGAAGAGGAAGAAGGACAGGAAGUAGAAAUAGAAGUAGAAGAGGAAGAGGAAGAAUUUUCUUUUGCGAUUACGAAUCCCGACGGAUCGCCGAUUUCUGCCGACGAUUUGUUUCAGGACGGUCAGAUCCGACCGAUUUUCCCUAUUUUCGAUCGAUCUCUACUGUUCUCGGACGGCGAAGAUGGCGCCAGCGCCGCGGACGAGUCAUCUCUACGGCUUCCGCUGAAGAAGCUUUUUAUUGAAGAGCGAGAACGUUCUUCUUCUUCGUCGUCUUCCUCUGAAGCCGACGAAUUGGAGGCGCUUCCGCCUGGGACUUACUGCGAAUGGUCCAGAAAAGCGGUGGAGGCGUCGCCGGAGAUGAACAAGAAGAGCAACUCCACAGGCUUCUCGAAGCUAUGGAGGUUCAGAGAUUUGGUAGUACGGAGCAGUAGCGACGGCAAGGACGCUUUCGUGUUCCUAAACCCUAAUUCGACGAACCCCACAAAGCAAAACGUGGAGUCGAUAAAGAAAAUGGCAAAGGCUGAGAAGAGCGUGAAGGCAACGCCCUCGGAGAAGAAAGUAGCGGCGUCUGGUGAGGCGGCGGCGGUCAACGCAAAACUGAAAGUAAAGGCAAAGAGAGGUCAAACGGCGUCGUCGGCUCACGAGAGGUACUACGUGAGGAAUAAAGCUAAGGAUGAUAAACGGAAAUCGUAUUUGCCGUACCGGCCAGAUCUCGUCGGCUUUUUCACCAACGUGAACGGCUUAAGCAGAAAUGUUCAUCCUUUUUAAUUAAUUAAUUUUUUUUGGGUCCAAAUUUUCGAAUAUUAUAUUUAUUAAUUAAUUUGUUGUAAAUGAUUGGAGAAUACUAAUGGUGUCUUUAGGGAUUAAGCAUGUGUUUAUUUAGGCAUAUGGGAAAUCAUAUCUAGCUUUCUUUGUCAAAUACUUUUGUUAAUCAUUUGAAGAAAAAAAAAUGCCAUUUCUUUUUGGCUAUAUACACAAAAUGCAAAUAGAUCUUUUUAUCUUAUUUUUUCCAA